AGUCUCUUCCAGAACUGUUUUAUCCUGAAGUUUCUGGAUGAGAAUUCCAUCUAGAAUUUUCGACACUCUACUCCCUCACUUCCCACCAUUAUAAAUAGCCCUUCACCUCCCCCUCUCUCAUCAAAAGAAAUCAGUGAGAAUAAGCAGUGGCGAUCACAGCAUCAUCUUCAUUACUCUUCGCUCACUUUGCAAUUUCUUCAUCCAAAACCAGUAAAAAAAAUGUCUCUGAUUCCAAGCAUUUUUGGGCAAAGAGGCGAUGUCUUUGACCCCUUCUCUCUUGACAUUUGGGAUCCCUUCCAUGGCUUCCUCCCUUCGUCUUCCAUGAUCAGUCCCAAUCAUUCCACCUCUGCUCUCUUGAACACCAGGUUCGAUUGGAAAGAGACCGAUAAUGCUCAUGUUUUCAAGGCAGAUCUCCCCGGUCUGAACAAAGAAGAGGUGACAGUGGAGUUAGAAGAUGGGAGAGUGUUGCAGAUAAGUGGAGAGAGAAAAAGGGAGAAGGAAGAGAAGAACGAUAAGUGGCACAGGAUAGAGAGAAGCCAGGGGAAGUUUGUGAGGAGGUUCAGGCACCCUGAAAAUGCAAAGAUUGAUGGAGUGAAGGCGGCCAUGGAGAAUGGGGUUCUCACUGUGACUGUGCCCAAAGUUGAAUCCCCAAAUCCUGAUGUCAAAUCCAUCCAGAUUUCAGGCUAAAUUUCUGUGUUCUUCCUAAAUUUCAGAGAUUGUGUGUGUUGUAAUGGAAGAUAGUGCGUAAAUAAUGAGUGAUGUAUCAUGUAUUGAUCCCCUUGCUUCAAUUGUUGAAAACUUGAAGUUUGAAGUGUAAAAACCUCAGAUGGAUUCCGUUCA